AUGGCAAACUCUGCAUGUCAAGAAAGCAAUGUUAGCUCAAAGUGUCAAAAACUAUCUGAUCAAGAGACCUUCCUUGACAGAAUUAGCCAAUUGCCAGAUGUUCUACUUCAACACAUAUUAUCAUUUCUUCCAACAAAAGAAGCAAUGGCCACUUCCAUUCUAUCGAAAAGAUGGCUUUGGCUUUGGACUUCAGUUCCUGUUCUUGAUCUUGAGGACUCACUCUUUUGCAAAAGUAAUGGGAAACUUAGAACUGAUUUUAUCCGAUUUGUCACUGAAGUUUUAAUCCUUAACAAAGUGGCUUCUUUAGACAAGUUUCGUCUCAAAUUCCAUCGUGUUUACCCUCCCUCGAGUGUUAACACUUGGCUUUGGGCUGCAGCUGCGAGAGGGAUACAAGAAUUAGACAUCACAAUCCAUGAGUUUUCCCCCUUGUUGAAGUUGCCAUGUGCCCUUUUCACAGCAAAAACACUACAUAUUUUGAAACUGACUCAUGGCAUUGUGCUUGAUGUUCCUGGAACAGUUUCUUUGCCAAGUCUCAAGGUUUUGCAUCUUGCCUUGAUUAAGUACGCAAGUGAUGUAUCUGUUUCCAGGCUUUUUGCUGGUUGUCCUGUUCUUCAAGAAUUGCUUGUUCAAAAAUUUGAUGGUGAUAAUGCACUGGCUUUAAAUAUUUCUAUUUCUACAUUGAAGACUUUGUCCAUAAGCUUCUCCACUGGACGUGGAGCACACAAACUUAAGAUAAAUGCCCCAAUUCUUGAGUACCUAAAUCUCCAAGACAACCUGCCCCUGGAAUAUGAUAUUGAGAAUGUCUCCAGCUUGGUUGAAGCAAAUGUAACAGUUUCAUUUCGAAAUCGCCACAUUCCACUUGUCAAAGCUCUCUCCAAUGUCAAGUGUCUUUCCAUCAACUGGGAUUGGUAUACAUCUUUGACAUUGGGUUCUUGCAAAACUUUUCCAUUGUUUCUUAAUCUGGUCCGAUUGGAACUAAGUAUUGGUUGUGGUGGAUGGAGUGUGGCAUCACGUUUCCUUGAAAAUUCCCACAAUUUAGAAGUUCUUGUUCUUACUAAGAAUGCCAAUUGCCGUGGACUUGGACAUGAAUGCUGCUGGAGACCCCCAAAAAGUGUUCCUAAAUGUUUGCUGUCUCCCCUAACAUUGGUCUAUUUUAGAGGGUUUGAAGGUCUAACAUAUCAGCUGAGAGUGGUAAAAUUCAUUUUGAAGAAUGCUCGAGUUCUGAAGAUGAUGGAAAUCUGUACUAAUGGUAUCAGUGAUCCUCCUUCGGAUUCAAAGUUUGAUAUGCUCAGGAAAUUAUUAAUGUUCCCAAGGGGCUCCAAGGCAUGUCAACUUCAAUUCAACUGA